CGCAUUAUCAGUUGUCAAAAGUAUCAAAGAAAACAGUGAAUUGUUGAAGGAUGGCCGUGUACAUAAUUUUUUAAAAAGAGCGCAGCGAACUAGAAUGGCAGAAUCAUGUCCCCUAGAUAACGAUAGCUAUAAUAGAGAAUCGGACAUUUCGAAACAAGACUGCACCAGUCCAAGUCCCACGGAAACGAUUUGUUUGGAGUCGCUCUGUAGUGAUAACAUACCGGGUACGUCUCAGCUUUUAAUUAAAGAGGACGUCGCGGACAGAGAGGAGAAGGCCACAUUCCUUAACGAGUUAGGUUUAGGCGAAUGCGACGAGAACAGUAACGAUAAUGUCGACUGUUGGGAGGACUGCCUCGACGCCGACUACAUGGAGGAACAUCCGUUCGAGUCCGAGUUAGCGGACGAGGACGAUCCGGUUAAUAGAGAGGAUACGUUUGAGGCUUUCUCGAUUACGCAUAAUAAUAUUCGGGUGGACUCGCUCAAAACGUACUCUAAUAAGUCUUGGAAAAAACGAAAACUGGAUGUACAUAAUGGAUUUCCCUGUAAGAAAAUCUUACCGGAGAACCAAACGUCGAGUUCCUUGUUUUACAAUCGAAAGGCACACACUUCCAAUUCGUCUUCGGACGAUUCCACGAAUUUUUGUAUCGAUAAACUAAAAACACGUGCGCUUAUACCGACGAAGGAUAAUCCGCCGCCGGAAAUGGCCGAUUGGCUGACGCAGUUUCAGAGGUGGUCGAACGCCGAACGUAUACUGGCAAUCGACGGACUGAUCUUACGUUGCGAUCCGAGUCAGGUACGUCACAUGAUGCAGGUGAUCGAACCGCAGUUUCAAAGGGAUUUCAUAUCGCUGUUUCCGCGCGAACUCGCUUUAUCCGUCUUACGCCUUCUAGAACCUUGUGAUCUAUUACGUGCCGCUCAAACUUGUCGCAGUUGGAGAUUCCUCGCCGAUGACAAUCUUUUGUGGAAGGAGAAGUGCAAGCAGGUGGGCAUCGAGGAGAUUCCGAAACGUAAGGGCUCGCCUCGGUCUCCCAGUAAUUCGUCGUCGCCGUGGAAGGCGGCGUUCAUGCUACACCACGCCAUCGAAAUGAACUGGCGCAGCAAACCGAUACGGCCACCGAAAAUGUUAAAAGGUCACGACGAUCACGUAAUUACAUGCCUUCAAUUUUGUGGUAAUCGAAUCGUCAGCGGCUCCGAUGAUAAUACGCUUAAGGUCUGGUCGGCCACCACGGGAAAGUGCCUACGUACGUUAGUGGGGCACACGGGCGGAGUUUGGUCGUCGCAAAUGGCCGGCACCGUUAUAAUUAGCGGAAGCACCGACCGUACCCUCAAAGUUUGGGAUUCGGAGACCGGCGUUUGCAUUCACACUUUGUACGGGCACACUUCGACAGUGCGCUGUAUGCAUUUGCACAAGAACAAAGUCGUGAGCGGAUCGAGGGAUGCCACCCUACGAGUAUGGGAUAUCGAGACCGGCGAAUUUUUGCAUGUGUUAGUCGGUCAUUUGGCUGCCGUUCGGUGCGUGCAGUACGAUGGCAAGCUGGUCGUGUCCGGCGCUUACGAUUAUAUGGUGAAAGUGUGGAAUCCGGAAAGGGAGGAGUGUCUUCAUACACUACAAGGUCACACCAAUCGGGUGUACUCAUUACAGGUAGUAGUACUAGUCAUAUAGGGUCGGUUCUGGACUAGUUCAAGGUAAUUCGCCACCUGACCUUG